CGGAACAUUGGCCAACAAGCUCGCAAACCAACGUGCGCGACUUUAUAUGCACAUCGAUUGGACGCAGAAAUACUACCGCAUAACUCGGAGACAGAAGAGUAUCUUCAGGUCGGCCUCUCCUGGAGGUUAAUUUGAGAAGGAAGUCAUGGCAGGAGAUGAGGAGUUUCCAUGUACACUCACGCUCACAAUCCCAUUUCCGUCCCCCCACCUCGCAACAACGGCGCUGCGCGCCCUGUCCGUGGACGCAGAACUCUCGCACCUCGUCCGACGAACACUCUCGCUCUCUUCACGCCCAUCAGCUGCAUCCACCCCAACCUCCAACCCUACUCCCACACCCGAAAACGAAAAGAAUCUGCUCGUGGUCAACUACGCUGCAACAACAAACCGUAUGCUCCGCGUCGCCGUAAACGGUUUUUUCGAGAGCGUAGGCGUUGUCAUCGGCGUCAUGAAAGACCUCGACAUCGAUGUCAUCGACACGCCUGGUAUUGAAGCACUAGAUGGGGUGCAGGGGUUAGAAACGGUAGCUUAGGAGGGGAAAUUUGAGUAGCGAAUAGAAGGAGACUUUGGGAUUCAAUAUUCCAGUCAGUGGAAUGUAGCAAGGGUGAGGGGGUUGUAGGAGUAUUUUACUGACGAGACGAUGGGUUAGGGGAACGGGGGACAAGGAGUCAUCUACAGCCUCUGAUUGUUGACAAGGUGUACAGGUCUGUAGGAGAAGGUAUCCUAGUUAUUAUGAGCGUGGAAUUACCUUGUGCUUAGAGUUUAUUUUCUUACCUAAUGAAUUCUUGCAAGACUAAAGAGACACAGGAGUAUAAUACUAAAACUUUAAGAUAGGCUAGAGUGGAUUAUUAGACAAGAAGUUAUCCAAACCUUCUCUAUUCUCUAUAAGAUAUACAGUUCUGC